AUGAAGGUCUCCGUGGCGGCCCUCUUUCUCCUCAUCCUCAUCCUCACCACCACUGCUUCUGCUUCUUACAGUCAGUCAAAAAUUCCUGAGUCAGUGAAUCUUCCAUCCAACUGCUGCCUGAAGUUUUCUGAGAAAGUACUACCAAGGAAGCUGGUGGUGGGAUACAGAAACACCCUCAACUGUCACCCACCAGCAAUCAUCUUCCUCACCAAAAAGAACCGAGAAGUCUGUGCCAACCCUGACAACAAAUGGGUCCAAGACUACAUCAAGGAUCCCAACCUACCUUUGCUGCCCUCCAGGAACUUGGCCUAAGUUAAAAUUAUUACAUCAGAGAAAGGACGAACCCAGCUCGUCAGCUCCCCAUGA